AUGUCUACUCCAGUUUCUCAGCAGGAUACGCAGUUUACAGACACACAGGGUAAACAUGGUGACGGUGGCAAGAACAUGCUGACCAAUACAAACGUCACUCCUAAAGCAACACCACACAUGGAUCCUGACGCGCCGAUAUUUGAUGCGACUCCGCAAAUCAAGGUUUAUGUUGAAACCGAUCCAGCUACAAACACUCCACAGGUUGGCCAGGCUUCUCUUGAUUCGGAGAUGCAAACUGUGUUAGCUCUACGCGAAUAUUUGUGUGGUCUGCAAUCUGACACCGGCAGGACCAUAAUAGAUUAUGGUGAAUAUUCAGCGACAUGUUCUGACAUAUAUGAAUCUUUUGCCGAUGGGAAGUGUCUCGACAAUGUAUUCAUGCAGUGUUUCAUCCAAUGUGUUAUUGAUGAUGCAAAAAAUCAGCAGACUUCCAUGAGUUCGAACAGUUUGAUUCUUGAUGUUAAUGUUGGGUCACUACUCAACUUUGAGGAACAGGAACGACACAGUCGCAACCCUCAACCUUUUGAUGAAUCUGUACUCCACACACUUCUAGACAAUUCAUUGCCUGAGACAGAUGAAUUGGACCAAUGCAAAGCGAUCAUGGUCCCCAUGGUAAGCAGGGGGCAUUGGACAUUGUAUGUUGUCAACAAGGUCAAGAAGUGCAUUCAUAUUUUAGAUUCCAACCCAUAUGGACCAACACUUGGUGGAACUACAUGGAAGGACUAUCAUUUUGCACAUUUGGGCUCAGGUGGCAGAAAGUUACCAUGGGCUAAGGUUAUUAUGAGCAGAUUAAACAAAGCAAUACAACAUGGCAACACCAGUGAGAUACGGUCUCUUGCGCUGCAUUAUAUCACAUUCCACCCGAAGAACAAAGCAUUAUCGCUGCUCCAAGACAUCUAA